AUGGUCACAGAAAAUGGAAACCCUCGAUACCCUCUUCCCUUGGGUGAAUCUGACCUGCGUGGUCGUCGAAAGAUUCCGCAUCCACCGCGGCUGGACCCUUUGAAGAUUGAUCCACGCGCGCCGCGAACCGUAAAAUCGACUCCGAGAUCGUCGCCGCGCUCUCCCCACUACCCGUACCACCCGCGUUCGCAAUCACCUCUACCUCCUGCGGCACCAAAUACGACAGAUGACCGACCCUGGCUCCCGGAAUCACUCCGAGCGGGCUCACCGCAAGGUCGAGAAGAAUGGAGAGCGAAACAGAAUUCGAGCCACGCUCCCCCUUUCACACCACCUCCUGACCGAACGCCUCCAAUGUGGUACCGUGAUAACGACUUGGACCGACCGAACCAUCGCAAGGCUCCGUCGGCCAGAGGCGGGCUACGCAUUUCCAUGUCGACCUCCCGACUCCAUAGCAGACGGCCACGGCCGCAAGUAUCCCCCGAUCGUUCCCAGGAAACCGGGGCCCAUGGCCUGCCAUUGCCCCGGUUCCCGUCGAAGGGACCGGCCGACGAUAAUACCCUUCGGACUAGCUUCAACUCUGCCAUGACUUCGCGCUCUAGCAUUGAACAUCAUUCUGGUACCGAGCGGAGCAGUGUUCUGACAAAGAGCAGUUCAAUUACCGAUCUAUCACCAGACACCCCCGACGCACCUUAUGGGAUGGACGGUGGCAUGAGCGUGGAAGAUGCGAUUUCUAUGUAUCUUGACGGUUUCAGCGAUGUGGCUGAGGAACCCUCAUCGCCUACCUCGCGAGCCGAGAGCAAGGCACCCUCAGUUACACCUCCUCCGUCGAGGGAUACCUACCCGGAGGAGGUAAUAUUGUUCCCACCAAGGACGACCUCUCUUGAACAUGUACCCCCCAUCCAUCCACCUCCGCAGUCAGAUUUGCCAGAGCCAGACUUCGUCGAACCUGCAUCAUCACAACCUCAUAUCCCUGAGCCUAUACUGGAGUUUGUCUCUCCACCACAGACUCCACCACCACAUCAUGUUACCUCCGACUCUGCCCCUCCAGACCCCAUUCUCCCCGACAAGGCAUCGCCUGACUCACAACCACGCCAUCAGCGACAGCCGUCGAAGAUAAUCAUACCCGGGCCGGUUCCGCCACCUCUCACAUCCGCGAAUGCCACACGUGAUGAAUAUGGUUUUCGAAAAACAACACAAUACGUGACUCUGGAUCAGUAUGAAGCUUGGAAGGGAACGUAUUCCAAUUAUGCUGCGCAACGUCAGAAUAAGUGGCUCGAAUUGCUCAAGGAGCAUGGCCUUCAAACCACCAACCCCACUGUGUUUCCAGCACAGUCCUCCAAAGUUAAACGUUUCGUGCGCAAAGGCAUCCCCUCCGAAUUCCGGGGCGCUGCUUGGUUUUGGUAUGCCGGCGGGUACGAGCUCCUGAACCGCCACCCCGGUCAUUACGAUCAACUCGUGGAGAAGGUGAUGGCCACUCCCAGCAAUGAUGACAAAGAACAUAUUGAACGUGAUUUGCAUCGCACCUUUCCGGAUAAUAUCCACUUCAAGCCGGAUCCUGUGGAUACUGGAGGGCCUCAAAACUCGAAUGUCACGACUGAGACCCAAAUGAUCCAAUCAUUGCGCCGAGUAUUGUACACCUUUGCGCUUCAUAAUCCCAAAGUUGGCUAUACCCAGUCACUCAACUUCAUUACCGGCAUGCUCCUCCUAUUUCUUCCCGAAGAAAAGGCGUUUUGGAUGUUGCAUAUCAUCACCUCUGUGUAUCUGCCAGGUACCCACGAGGUCAGCUUGGAAGGUGCAAAUAUCGAUCUUUGGAUCCUCAUGGUCCUUCUCCGAGAUUCUAUGCCCCCUAUUUACUCUAAGAUUGCUAGCAUAGAUGGAUCCUCCGGUCGCGGCAAAGCACCUGCCCUCACUGUGAACUCGCGACUCCCUGACAUCACCCUGGGAUUGACCAAUUGGCUCAUGUCCAUUUUCAUUGGAACGCUGCCUCUCGAAACAACGCUGCGAGUCUGGGACAUUUUCUUCUAUGAAGGAUCCAAGACGUUCUUCCGUGUUUCGCUUGCAAUCUUCAAGGCCUGCGAAAAAGAUAUCCUUGGGGUUUCAGAUCCCAUGGAAGUAUUCCAAGUCGUUCAAACAGUUCCAAAGAGAUUGUUGGAUGCCAACGCUCUUCUUGAGGAUUGCUUUGUGCGACGCCAUCGUGUGGGUCAGGGCCGCAUCGAAGAACUGCGAGCCGCACGACGGGUCGCAGUUCGACAGGAGAAACUGCGGCGCUCGGUUGCCUUCAAUAAAGGCCAGAUCCAAUCUGCGACUGACAACUUGCUAAAUCGUCCACGCAAUGGGGGGCCCGACAUCGAACAACGGGUUGCUAUCUCCUGGCGUAACCUCAAGCAACAUGCCUUUCACAGGGAGCCGACCCGUUGA